UAGUCCAAUAAAGUAUCGCGGUGUGCUGAGCGUCCUCAUCGCCUCUUCACUCAGUUGCGGGAUGUUAGUGGCCGACAUACUCGGGCUGCCUGCGUUCUUGGGAAAUGAGAAUUACUGGCAGCACAUGACAUGGCUACUUCUGGCACCCAACUUCGUUUUUUUCUUGUCGUACACGCUGCUACCGGAAAGUCCGCGCUGGCUGGGCCGAAAUGUACGCGGCACUGCAAAAUUAACAGCAACACUCCGACGUCUUCGUCAUACGAACAACGUGGACAACGAAGUAGCGAUGAUAACGAAAGUAGCCAUGAAAACGAAAGUAGCCACGAAAACGAAGUGCAGCACGCAGAAAAACUGUCGCAGAAGCGCGUAUCGAUUCUUGGCCUGUUUCGGGAGCCAUUUCUGCGCAGAAAUAUCACGGUGUGUUUACUGGCCAUCUCUGCCCAGCGGCUUACCGGGUUUCCCGCAAUUUUUGUCUAUUCUACCGAAAUCUUUCGCAUGUGUGGCUUAGCUAAAGAGAUCUCCUCGUAUGGAUCAGUGGCAUUGGCGGGACUUCAAGUUCUGGUGGCAAUCCUUGGUUCACUGUUAUUGGAUAAAGUCGGGCGGCGACCGGUUCUUUUAACCGGUCUCUUCGGCUGUGCCCUCUGUACACUUGCUAUGGUCACCUUUGCGGCACUAUCCGGAUUCAACAUCUGCACUGAGUGCCGUUAUGGGAAUCUGGUCGCGUUAAUGUUCUUUAUGAUUUUCUUCGUUAUCGGACCGGCGAGUGUGCCGUAUCUCCUGCCGGCGGAAAUGUUCGGACUGACAUCGCGACAAUCCGCAUCCGCCUUGGUGCUGGUCGUCAGCCUGGCUCUGUCAACGAUUAUCACGGCGGUCUUUCCUAUUAUGCAAGUAUAUUUGAUGGAGUGGACCUUCACAAUUUUCAGCGCUAUUACGCUAGUGCUGGCACUGUUCCUUUCGGUUACACUGACCGAAACGAAAGGGGAAUCGUUUUUGGAAAUACAGAAAAAACUGGAGGACAAUUUUUUGGGGAAUUAGGGAUAAUGACAAAGGGUCCUCCUUAACGCCUAGCAGCAAUGACAGUACUACCGCAGAGUCUGCUUGAAUCGCUAUAAUAACUGCAGCCUGAACUUCAAGUUCGAAGGAAAGGUUUAAAGUUGUAACUCGAAGAGAAACUGAA